UCGUUGUCGCGGAGGAGGCGGGUGGGCGGCGGGUGGGGAUGCGCUCGGAAGAGGGCGUCGGAGGCCUGGGCACGGCCCUGUCUGCGCGGGGCCCCAGCAGGAGAGAGAAGCUGUCGGCCCCGGAGGUCCCGCUCCGCCGCGAGUCGCCGCGGAGGGACAGCGCGGUGGCCCCAGUCCCGUCCUUCAGUGACAGCGGGGCGGGCAAGCCUCGCGAGGAGAAGAGGACGGCCCUGAGCAAGGUGGUCCUCCGGCGGCUGCCACCAGGCCUCACCAAAGAGCAGCUGGAAGAGCAACUGCGCCCCCUGCCUGCGCACGAUUACUUCGAGGUGGUAGCUGCGGACUUCAGUCUCUAUCCUCAUCUCUACUCAAGAGCAUACAUCAAUUUUCGGAACCCUGAUGACAUCCUUCUGUUCAGAGACCGCUUUGAUGGAUAUAUCUUCAUCGGCAAUAAAGGGCUGGAGUACCCUGCCGUGGUGGAGUUUGCUCCAUUCCAGAAGAUCGCCAAAAAGAAGCUGAAGAAAAAAGAUGCCAAGACCGGGAGCAUCGAAGAUGAUCCAGAAUAUAAACAGUUUCUGGAAACAUACAGUCUGGAGGAAGAGAAAACCAGUGCUAGUCCUGAGACACUUCUGGGAGAGAUAGAAGUGAAGACAAGAGAACUCCUUGCCAGAAGAACCACACCUCUCUUGGAAUAUAUAAAAAACAGGAAACUAGAAAAACAGAGAAUUCGAGAAGAAAAGCGUGAAGAGCGGAGGAGGAGGGAGAUGGAGAAGAAGCGCUUACGGGAAGAAGAAAAGAGGAAAAGGAGAGAAGAGGAGAGCUGCAAACGGAAAGAGGCCGAUAGACAGAAGAGAGCUGAGAAGGAAGUGAAGAUUAAGCUUCUUAAAAAGCUGGAAACAGAAGAAGCAACCUCAGAGAAAUCCAAAGAAAGAGGUGACUCAGUUGGUAUUGGAGAUGAAAAGCAGCGAGCUUGGCCAGUGGAAGGCCUGCUGGAGAUGCCUGCCGAGAGGUUACAGGAUGGCAGUGAUAAAGAGCAAAGGGACAAAAGAUUUCGAGAGAAAGAACCUGAGACUCCAAGAUGUCACCCAGAUGGUUGCAGGAAGCACAGCAUUCACUCUGAGUUUGCCAGGUUUUCCAGAAGGAAUGAAGACGAACCCAAGUGGGGGAAAGGCUUCACCCAGGGUACAGGGAAAAAAGGGAGCCAGGAUGGGAGUGUCCCUAUGGACAAGGCAGAAAGAAGGAGCAAGGAGCAGAAGGAGUAUGACAGCCUGGGACUGAGAAAGGAACGCCCAGGAAACAAGGUUUUGACAGCUGUCUAAAUAUCGCCAAAACAAAGAAGAGAGACUCUCCGUGUGAUUAUGUGGCUAACCAGGCAUUUGAACCAACAAGACCAAUUUUCCCUGUCACAAGUUCAAAGAAUAAUCCAAAUAUUUUUUUUUAAUCUAAUGCUUUGUAUAUUUUCAAGUAUCAGAGACAGACAGACACUAGAUUAUGACAAGCCAACACUCCCUCCUGCUCUUUAAAAAAAGUAACAGCUCAAAACUCUGGAUUUUAAAAAGCUGUAUACCUGUGCCUGUUCACAAAGCUAUUCUUAUCCUUAAUGUAAAGCUAUGUUCUCCCAGAGACAACUUUGGCUGUGUGAAUGAAGUGAUGGUGUCUGGGGCUAUGAUGCUCCACUGUCCCUGACAGAGGGUCUCUGAAAACAUCGCUGUUCCCCUAAAGUGCAUUAUCACUGGGUGUCCCCUAUGCACUGAGCACACCAUCCCUUAUGUCACACACAGGACCACACCUUUCAAAUAAAAGGGACAGGAGGGCUGAGGAGGUGA